AUGAGCGGUCCCAGGGAAGAUGGCUCCCCGGAGCCAUACGCGGACACAAAGGAGGGUGAAUCAGGAGACCAGGAAAUGGACCCUUUGGACGAAUUCAUGAUGGAAAUAAAUAAAGUGCUGGAGGAGGAGAAGCAAAAGACGAAAUCACGAGAAGAGGACGAAAAAGAAGCAGCGGACAAGUUGGCCCCUAAGAAGGACAGCAAUUUUGCACAUAGGGAGAAGGAACCCCUUAGGGGAAGCACCCCUAACCGUACAAGAACCUACUUUGUCAGGGAAAACAAAGUUCAUGCAGAAAGCAAAGGUAGUCACACCUUGGAUAACCAUACAAAAGAGAAUGAUGCACACGAUGACGAUAGUCUAGAUGAUAACGAUGCCACAGCAGACAUUUACGAAUUUUUGGAAAAAAAAAAUGAAGAGUUGGCAAAUGAGAAGAGGCGCGCAGAAGGGCACGGAGGAAAAGGAACCCACAACAGGAACAUGAUGAAUGAUGAUUCUGAAGAUGACGGGGAUGACUUCUUCCAAAACGGAAGAGACAGCAACAAGGAAAAUGAAAUAAUUGAAAAUGAUAUCAAUUACGAUGAGGUGCAGCUGGACAACUUUAAUAAAGACAUUUUUGUCACAGAUGACAGCAUCACAGAUUUUACCUUGGAAGAAAGUGUCGAGUACAAGAAAAAAAAUAAUAUCACAACCAUCGGAUUCAGUGUUCCGAAACCUCUUUUUUCCUUUUUGCAAUUAAAAAAUGUAAUAGACAAGGAGGUGUUGGAAAAUAUGUACAAUUUGUCCAUAAGCAUCUUGUCCCCCAUCCAAAGCAUUGUCAUUCCUACCUUUUUAAGUGGUCGGGAUUUUAUAGCCAGUAGCAGAACUGGUUCAGGAAAAACCCUUUCCUUCAUCAUAUCUUUGAUUAUCCACUUGGGAAAUUACAAACAAGUUGAGAAGGAAAAAAGGAGAAAAAUUUUCCACAAAGAAAGUGACCCUCCGGAGCAGGAACACACAGUGACGUCCCCACCGGGGGAACAACCUCCCUCAAUCCCUUCCAAACAAGGUAAAGGCAAUGCGUCAUCCCAUGCGCUGAUAUUAACACCGACGAGAGAAUUGUGUGUGCAAAUAUUUGACCAAAUUAACAAACUCAGUUUGAACAAAUUAAAAUCGUGUAUCCUAUUCAACGGCAUAAAUUACAAAAAUGCAUAUGACGACAUUCACCGAGGAGUGGACAUCCUAAUUGCAAAUGUAAAAACGUUAAUCAAUUUUGUUAAUAAAAAGUAUCUCUCCCUUACCAAGAUAAAGUAUGUCAUUUUGGACGAAUUUGACCGACUUUUUUCGAAGCAGUUUGUCCACUCCGUCACGUCCAUACUUAAAAAUAUAAGGCCAGACGCGAUGAAGGGAUUUUUUUCCUCCACCUUUUCGGAGCAAUCAUGUGAACUGGCAAAGCCAUACAUAAAUAAAAAAUUCAUCAUGAUCAAGGUGGGCGACAACAACGUUUUAAUUGAUAAAAAAUUUUACAUCCUAGAGGACCAUGCUAAGUAUGACUAUCUUCUCAAAUGUGUGCAGGCGUGCGCCCCAAGUGGCCAAGGAUUUAUUUUUUGCAAUAGCAAAAAAAAUGUGAUGAAUUUAUAUGAAAAAUUGAAAAGGGAAAUCUCACUCAGGCAUAUAUCGUUUGAUUACAUUUAUGGAGACAUAGACCAGACGGAGAGGUUAUACAAAUUGGAUUGCCUGAAGAAAAAGAAAACGCAAAUUUUGAUCAGCACGGACCUUAUGGCUCGCGGCAUUGACAUCAUAGACUUGAACUUUGUUAUCAACUAUGAUUGCCCCAACGACAUCUUCGUCUACGUCCACAGGAUAGGCAGGUGUUCCCGGAUGAACAACCGAGGACAAGCCAUAACGUUCAUACAGCCAUCAGAAAAAAGAAUUGCCUUCCUCAUUUAUAGCCACUUAAAUGACAAAAAGGAAAAAGUGGAUCAAGAGCUGGAAAAUUUUAUUCGCAGCAACAACCUCCAUAAUGAUGCCCAAAUGAAAAAAAUGAAAAGAAAAAUGGAGGACUCCAUCUUUGAUGUGUCGCACAAGAAGGCAAAGCAUCCGGGGAAUAACACAUCCAUGUUGACUGACUUUGCCUUUAAAAAAAUGUCCGCGCCAUCCAGAAGUAAUGAAGACGCUUUAAAAAAUCUGAAGGUCUUUACGCCAAAUGACGUUUUGACAUCCUCCGAUGAGGACUACUGA